AACGCGAAAAUAUUUCUCAAACCAAAACCCUAUGUUUACCCAAUUUUGGAUUCACUUGCAGGCUGCAGCUAUAUCAUCAUCAAUGGCUAAGAAGCAAGAAUCGGGAGCGUCUGCCAAAGCUAUCAUACCCGAACGAAAAGUCGAAGAUACGAGUGAAUCCGAAUCCGAAUCCGAAUCCGAGGAAGAAGAGGAAGUCGAAGCCGAAGCCGCCUCCUCCUCCUCUGACUCAUCGUCGUCGGAAGAAGAAGAGGAAGAAGAAAGUAGUGAAUCAGAGUCGGAAGAUGAGGGUUUAAAGCUCGAAUCGAUAAAGAAGCUCCUGCAGCCGUUCAGCAAGGACCAACUCAUCGCCAUCCUUAAAGAAGCAGCCGAGGCUGACCCGUCAUUGGCGGCCAAAAUUGCCUCCGCUACCGACUCGGACCCUGUGCAUCGCAAGAUCUUUGUCCACGGUUUGGGAUGGGACACUACCACAGAAACCCUCAUUUCCAUCUUCAAGCAGUACGGUUCCAUCGAGGACUGCAAUGCGGUCGCGGACAAGGCAACUGGCCGAUGCAAGGGCUACGGCUUUGUUCUCUUCAAGACCCGCGCUGCCACCCGCAAGGCUCUUAUGGAGCCCCAGAAGAAAGUAGGAAAUCGCAUGGCCUCGUGCCAGCUCGCCGCCACUGGUACACCCACGCAGUCGCAGUACCAGCAGCAAAUAGGGGUUGACGCCAGCGCCCGCAAGCUUUAUGUGGGCAAUGUUGGUCCGCAGAUUAGCGUGGGGAAGCUUAGAUCCUUUUUCACAAAGUUUGGGGAGAUUGAAGAGGGUCCAUUGGGACUGGAUAAGACAACAAGGAAUUUCAGGGGUUAUGCUCUUAUUUUGUACAAGACUUUGGAGGGGAUUAAGAAGGCGCUGGAGGAGCCUGUCAAGGUGUUUGAGGGUGUCAAGUUGCAUUGUUCACUAGCAAAUGAAGGGCGUGCUGCGAAAAAUAAUAUGGCUGGUGGGUCUGGCGCCAGCAUGGGUGAGGCUAUGGAUGCUCAUGCAUCAUCGGUUCCUGGCAAUGUAGCUAUACCAGGUUUUCCAUUGGGAUUAAAUCAAGCGUUUGUGGGUCAGAGUUUCAAUCCAGGUACAUUUGGUCAGAGUUUCAAUCCCGUUCCAGGUGCAAUUUUGCUGGGGCAUAAUCCUGCUCUGGGGGUGCUGAAUCCAGUGCUAGGCAUAGGUGGAAUGCUGAGCCAGACUGCAUUGACACCACCAUUUCCUAGUGGGGUUUCGCAGCCUUUGAACAGGAUUGGUAAUGCUGCUCAAGUGGGAUUGGGUGGAGCAGUGCAGCCGGCUCUCAAUGAUGUAAGCCCAAGCAUUAUUGGUAGUUAUGGCUCUCAACCUGCUUUGCAAGUGUUGGGUGCUUAUCAGAGUUCCCAAUCAGGUCAGUCUUCCUCACAAUCAAAACCUACAACAACAGCUGGAUCAGCUCCAUCAUACUCUACUACCGCUGCUGGAUCAGUUCCAUCAUACUUUGGACGCUAGAACAUUCAGUUUCUCGAACCAGCUUUCGGAAUGCAAUGCAACAGUCGAUGUAGUUAUGCUUGGCCGGAUAUGGAGAUAAUGCUGGUUGCCAUUUGCCAAUCCCGCGGCUUCUAGAGUCACGGUUGUAUUAAGAACAUUAAGCACUUGUUGAAGUGUUUUCUGUUUGCGCUUUUGUUUUGAUGGGCCUAAGUUUCGUCUGUGUCUUGCCAAGACAUUGAAUUUUUGAUGGAAAAGUGCAUUGGUACUUGGAAAACACGUGUAUUUUAAGUUUAAAAAGAUAUGUGAGCGAGUAUUUUGAAUAUAUCCGCAGUUUUUUUUGUACAAAAUGGUUUAACUUGUUGACGAUGAGUGCAUGUGAGGAUAAGCUCAAGAAAGUUUCCUA